AGAGACGACUCCGAUUGAUACAGAUUAGAUAACGAUAAGGAGAAAUUUUGUAUUACUGUUAUCAGUUAAAAUUGAGAGAAAGUGAAUUUCGCUGUGGACACAGGGAUAAUUAAGACGCUUCUUCUUAGCAAGGAGAAGUUGUAUUGAUAAAUACAUUGAUUGGAUUCAUUUAGAAAGUAUCUGAUUUGCCUUUGGAUCUGAAUACUGCUGAUACAAUGACUCUCUGUUCAGUGAACACUGGUGAUAGUCAUUUGGAUAAUAAAAUUACUGAAUGGUUGCAAUGGAACAAGGAUCCAAAAGCAAAAGACGAGAUAUUGAAAUACUUGGACAAAGGCCAGAUUAAAGUAUUGUCGAAGUUGUUUCUUAAGAGGCUCGAAUUUGGAACUGCAGGUCUUAGAGGUCGUAUGGGACCAGGUUACAACCAAAUGAAUGAUUUAGUCAUUGUGCAAACUGGUCAAGGAUUAUCGAAAUAUUUGAUGGAUACAAUAUUCGAUGUUAUGCAGAAAGGUGUUGUGAUAGGCUAUGAUGGUCGUUAUAACAGUAAAAGGUUUGCAGAAUUAACUGCUGCAAUUUUCAUAGCCAAUGGUAUUAAAGUUUAUUUAUUUUCCCAAGUUUGUCCUACACCAUUUAUACCUUACACUAUCUUGAAGUAUAAGUGUGCAGCCGGGAUCAUGGUAACUGCCUCUCAUAAUCCUAAGGACGACAAUGGGUACAAAGUUUACUGGGAGAAUGGGGCACAAAUCAUUUCACCGCAUGACAAAAAGAUCCAAAGCUAUAUUCUUAAUAAUCUUAAACCACUUGAAUCCUCAUGGGAUGUAAGCCAAAUCCAUGAAAGUUCCUAUUACAAAGAUCCAAAAGACGAUAUUAUGCGGCAUUAUUAUCAAGAUUUGAAGGAUAAUGUCUUGUAUCCUGAAGUUAAUAGAAAUACUACAUUAAAAUUCACGUACACUGCUAUGCAUGGUGUUGGGCAAGAAUAUAUGACUGCUGCAUUUGAGGCAGCAAACUUUAAGCCAUUUAUAACAGUGGAGGAACAAAAGUUACCAGAUCCAGAAUUUUCCACGGUGAAAUUUCCGAAUCCAGAGGAAGGAAAAAGCGCUUUGGAUCUCAGCAUAAAAACAGCAAAUAAAAACGAUUCGUCUAUAAUAAUCGCUAACGAUCCUGAUGCUGAUAGACUUGCAUGUGCAACGAAGACGGAGAGCGGGGAAUGGCAUGUCUUCUCUGGAAAUGAACUUGGCGCCUUAUUGGGUUGGUGGAUGAUUCACACUUAUCAAGUGAUACAUCCUGAUGUUGAUUUGAGUAAAACAUAUAUGUUAGCAUCUACUGUUUCCAGCAAAAUUUUAGCUUCAAUGGGUAAAAAGGAAGGUUUUAAUUUCGAGGAAACUUUAACAGGUUUUAAAUGGAUGGGCAACAAAGCUAUAGAAUUAAUGAAAGAUAAUAAGGACGUCUUAUUUGCAUAUGAAGAAGCUAUAGGUUUUAUGUGCGGCUCUAAAGUCCUGGAUAAGGAUGGUAUCAGCGCUGGCGUACGUGUAGCUGAAUUAGCAGCUUAUCUUGAAACGAUAGGAUUGACUUUAUCUGAUAAGUUGGAGGAAAUAUAUGAAGAAUAUGGUUAUCAUAUCAAUGAUAAUUCCUAUUGGAUAUGUCAUGAACCAGAUACCAUCAAGAUGAUAUUUGAACGGUUAAGGAAUUAUUCGGGCAAAUCGGAUACAUAUCCAACCGGAAUUCUUAAAGGAAAAUAUGUAAUAACUGGCAUUCGAGACUUAACAACUGGAUAUGAUAAUACAAAACCUGAUAAUAAAGCAGUUCUUCCUGUAUCAAAAUCUAGCCAAAUGAUCACCUUUACAUUCAAAAAUGGUUUAGUUACUACUUUAAGAACCAGUGGCACGGAACCCAAAAUAAAAUAUUACAAUGAAUUAUGUGGGUCGCCUGGAGAGGAUUUAAACAAAUUGAAAUGCAUUCUCAGCGAAAUGGUAUCGGCUAUUGUAGCAGAAUUCCUUCAACCAGAAAUUAAUGGACUUAUCGCUCGUGAGGAAUAA